CAAAUUCGCAGCGCGAAAGGAAACGGGUACGUCAGUCCGCGUCAACUUCAAAGAUGUCUGAUUCUAAAGCCAAUCCCUCAAAAUCUCUUUACGAUUUCAACCUUAAGAACAUCAAAGGUCAGGAAUGGAGCUUGGAUGAGCUCAAGGGCAAGGUGACUCUUGUAGUCAACGUCGCUUCCAAGUGCGGAUUCACUCCUCAGUACAAGGGCCUUGAGUCUCUUUACCAAAAGUACAAGGAUCAAGGCUUCACUAUCAUUGGUUGCCCUUGCAAUCAAUUCGGUUCUCAAGAGCCUGGUUCAUCUGACGAAAUUGUCAGCUUUUGCUCUCGUACCUACGAUGUCACCUUCCCUCUCACUCAAAAGUUGGAUGUGAACGGCACAAAUGAACACGAGCUUUAUUCUUUCCUCAAGUCAUCGCAACCUGGUAUUUUGGGUAUUCAAAUGAUCAAGUGGAAUUUUGAGAAAUUCUUGGUUGAUAAGAAUGGCAAAGUCGUCCGCCGCUAUUCUUCUAUGACCAAGCCAGAAGAUAUCGCUAAAGAUGUUGAAGAGUUCCUCAAGGCUUAAAUGAUGCGAUACGGCAUUGGUGCGGAGAUUUUUUUUUUUUGCCGAUUUAACUACCACUGAAAUCUUUAUGAAAUCUUAGCCGCUCAUACAAAACUGCCAUGACAACCUGCCCAUCGAAAGAAAAGGCGUUAUGAAAUAAAUGUACAUCUACAACUUGUCAUCAUAUACUUUGCGUUCAAACAAUCAUGAUUUAUGUA